AAAAUGGAUUACGAACCUGAUAGUACAGAAACAACUGGAGAAUUUCUUUUUCAGACUUAUGAUUUUGGUUUUGUAGAAAGCAUUCAAGCAUUUAUUGAUGCGAUUGAUUGGUCACAACCUUGGUUAUGGAUGUUAUUAUCUUUUCACAUUACAACAUUAUUUAUAAUAAUUAAAUUGAGAAAUAAUACGAAUUCUUUAGCAGUAGUAACAUUCAGUUCAAUGAUAUUAACUGGAUUUGCUAAACCAAUCAAUACUUUGGCACAAAAUAACUGGCAAAAGUUCUCUAAGGAAAAUUAUUUUGAUGAAGGAGGAGCUUUUAUCUCUAUACUAUUUUCUUUUCCAUUAUUAUGUAAUUCUGUAAUUGGUAUAGUGUUAAUAUUAAACGAAAUAUUACAUUUAUUGAGAAAAGCUAGAAUUGCUCAAAUUAAAUAUCAGAGAGGUAAAACUAGUAUAUUAGAAGAAAAAAGAAAAGAAAGACAAGAAAGGAAGGAUGAAAAAAGUUUAUAGAUAAUAUAUUUGAUUAACAUAUAUAUAUGUAUAUAUAUAUAUAUAUAUAUAUAUUAUAUUUAUUUAAUACUUCAAAUAAGAAAUUGAUAUAAGUAGGAAAAAUUUGAAGUUUCAUUUGUGUGAUGGUAUGAUGUUUUUUUGAGUUUUUACUACUAGGGAGAUAUUUCUUUAAUUGAUCUUAUGAAAAGUCAUUACUUCUUCAUAGAUAAUUUCAAAAAUCAAUUUAGU